AGAGCCCGGGCAUCGCGGAGGCUCGCACGGAGGCGAGAACUUAUUCAACAAGUUUAGCCAGCCACCCCCUGCUCGCCCCUCUUUUCGAUGUGCGUUUUCGGACAUGCGGAGGUUACUGGAACCGUGUUGGUGGAUUUUGUUCCUGAAAAUCACCAGUUCCGUGCUCCACUAUGUCGUGUGCUUCCCCGCGCUGACAGAAGGCUACGCGGACACCUUGCACGAGAACAGACACGGGAGCUCGGCUCAGGUUCGAAGGCGUAAGGCCUCAGGUGACCCAUACUGGGCUUACUCGGGCACCUAUGGUCCCGAACACUGGGUUACAUCUAGUAUCGGCUGUGGAGGGCGACACCAGUCUCCUAUCGACAUUGUAGACCAGCACGCACGAGUUGGUGAAGAGUAUCAGGACCUGCAACUUGACGGCUUCGACAAUGAAUCUUCAAACAAAACCUGGAUGAAAAACACAGGGAAAACAGUGGCCAUCCUUCUGAAGGACGACUAUUUUGUCAGUGGUGCUGGCCUGCCUGGCAGAUUCAAAGCUGAGAAGGUGGAAUUUCACUGGGGCUAUAGCAAUGGCUCUGUGGGGUCUGAACACAGCAUCAAUGGCCGGCGGUUUCCUGUGGAGAUGCAGAUUUUCUUUUAUAAUCCAGAUGACUUUGACAGCUUCCAAACUGCAAUUUCUGAAAACAGAAUAAUCGGAGCCAUGGCCAUAUUUUUUCAAGUCAGUCCAAGGAACAAUUCUGCUCUGGAUCCUAUUAUCCAUGGGUUGAAGGGCGUCGUACAUCAUGAGAAAGAAACCUUUCUGGAUCCUUUUGUCCUCCGGGAGCUCCUGCCUGCCUCCCUGGGCAGCUACUACCGCUACACAGGGUCUUUGACCACCCCACCCUGCAGCGAAAUUGUGGAAUGGAUAGUCUUCCGGAAGCCUGUUCCCAUCUCUUAUCACCAGCUCGAGGCUUUUUAUUCCAUCUUGACCACAGAGCAGCAAGACCACGUCAAGUCGGUGGAGUAUCUGAGAAACAACUUCCGGCCACAACAGGGCCUGAAUGGCAGAGUGGUGUCCAAGUCAGCUGUCCGCGACGCCUGGAACCACGACAUGACAGACUUCUUAGACAACCCCCUGGGGACAGAAGCCUCUAAAGUCUGCAGCUCGCCACCCAUCCACAUGAAGGUGCAGCCUCUGAACCAGACCGCGCUGCAGGUCUCCUGGAGCCAGCCGGAGACCAUCUAUCACCCUCCCAUCAUGAACUACAUGAUCUCCUACAGCUGGACCAAGAAUGAGGAUGAGAAGGAGAAAACGUUUACCAAGGACAGCGACAAAGACUUGAAAGCCACCAUUAGCCAUGUCUCACCCGAUAGCCUUUACCUCUUCCGCGUCCAGGCUGUGUGCCGGAACGACAUGCGCAGCGACUUCAGCCAGACGAUGCUCUUCCAAGCUAAUACCACGCGAAUAUUCCAAGGGACCAGAAUUGUUAAAACAGGAGUGCCCACAGCGUCUCCGGCCUCCUCAGCCGACAUGGCCCCCAUCAGCUCCGGCUCGUCCACCUGGACAUCCUCUGGCAUCCCCUUCUCCUUCGUCUCCAUGGCAACCGGCAUGGGCCCAUCAUCCAGCGGCAGCCAAGCGACCGUGGCCUCAGUGGUCACCAGUACGCUCCUGGCCGGCCUCGGGUUCGGCGGCGGUGGCAUCUCCUCUUUCCCCAGCACUGUGUGGCCCACCCGCCUGCCCACAGCCGCUGCGGCCAGCAAACAGGCAGGCCGGCCUGUGCUGGCCACCACGGAGGCCUUGGCCGCCCCAAGCUCCGACGCUGAUGCAGCCCCAACCAAGGAUGGCGAGGGUGCCGAGGAAGGGGGGAAGGAUGAGAAGAGCGAGAGCGAGGAUGGGGAGCGGGAGCAUGAGGAGGAGGGGGAAAAGGACUCCGAGAAGAAGGAGAAGAAUGGGGUGGCGCGCACGGCCCAGGAGCAGAACCAAACCCAGCCCACCCCCAGCCCCGCGACUCCCAAUAGGACUGCCCAAGAGGGCGGGCGUCAGACUAUACCUGGGCAUGACCCCAGUGCCAGCCCUACUGACCAGCCCGAGGACACCAGGGAUAAUCACCCCAAUCUGCACCCCGAUUCCGUCUCCGCCACCCAAGUGCCCCCCACAGUCACAGAGGAACAUUAUGAAGGGAGUGAUCCCAGGAGGCCUGAGAUGCCAUCUAAAAAGCCUGCAUCCCGAGGGGACCGAUUUUCCGAGGAUAGCAAGUUUAUCACUGUUAACCCAGCAGAAAAGAACACCUCUGGGAUCAUAAGCCGCCCUUCUCCGGGCAGGAUGGAGUGGAUCAUCCCUCUGAUUGUGGUAUCAGCCUUGACCUUCGUGUGCCUCGUCCUUCUCAUUGCUGUGCUAGUUUACUGGAGAGGGUGUAACAAAAUAAAGUCCAAGGGCUUUCCCAGACGUUUCCGUGAAGUGCCUUCUUCUGGGGAGAGAGGAGAGAAGGGGAGCAGAAAAUGUUUUCAGACAGCUCAUUUCUAUGUGGAAGAUAGCAGCUCACCUCGGGUGGUCCCUAAUGAAAGUAUUCCUAUUAUUCCUAUUCCGGAUGAUAUGGAAGCCAUUCCUGUCAAACAGUUUGUCAAACACAUUGGUGAGCUUUAUUCUAAUAACCAGCAUGGGUUCUCCGAGGAUUUUGAGGAAGUCCAACGCUGUACAGCUGAUAUGAACAUCACGGCAGAACAUUCCAAUCAUCCAGAUAACAAGCACAAAAACAGAUACAUCAACAUUUUAGCAUAUGAUCACAGUAGGGUGAAGUUAAGACCUUUACCAGGAAAAGACUCUAAGCACAGCGACUACAUUAAUGCAAACUAUGUCGAUGGUUACAACAAAGCGAAAGCCUACAUUGCCACCCAGGGACCUUUAAAGUCUACGUUUGAAGAUUUCUGGAGAAUGAUUUGGGAACAAAACACUGGAAUCAUUAUUAUGAUUACGAACCUUGUGGAAAAAGGAAGACGAAAAUGUGAUCAGUAUUGGCCAACCGAGAAUAGUGAGGAGUAUGGAAACAUUAUUGUCACACUGAAGAGCACAAAAGUACAUGCCUGCUAUACCAUUCGUCGUUUUUCAGUCCGAAAUACAAAAGUGAAAAAGGGUCAGAAGGGAAAUCCCAAGGGUCGCCAGAAUGAACGGGUGGUGAUCCAGUAUCACUACACACAGUGGCCUGACAUGGGAGUUCCAGAGUACGCCCUCCCUGUCCUGACCUUUGUGAGGAGGUCCUCUGCAGCCCGCCUGCCAGAGAUGGGUCCCGUGUUAGUGCACUGCAGUGCUGGUGUGGGCAGGACAGGCACCUAUAUUGUAAUAGACAGCAUGCUUCAACAGAUAAAAGACAAAAGCACAGUUAAUGUCCUGGGAUUCCUGAAGCAUAUCAGGACACAGCGUAACUACCUCGUCCAGACUGAGGAGCAGUACAUUUUCAUCCAUGAUGCCUUGUUGGAAGCCAUUCUUGGAAAGGAGACCGAAGUAUCUUCCAAUCAGCUACAUAGCUAUGUUAACAGCAUUCUCAUACCAGGUGUAGGAGGAAAGACAAGACUGGAAAAACAAUUUAAGCUGGUCACACAGUGUAAUGCAAAAUAUGUGGAAUGCUUUAGUGCUCAGAAGGAGUGUAACAAAGAAAAGAACAGAAAUUCUUCAGUUGUGCCAGCCGAACGUGCUCGAGUGGGCCUUGCACCAUUGCCUGGAAUGAAAGGAACAGAUUACAUUAAUGCUUCUUAUAUCAUGGGCUAUUAUAGGAGUAACGAAUUUAUUAUAACCCAGCAUCCUCUGCCACAUACUACGAAAGAUUUCUGGCGAAUGAUUUGGGAUCACAAUGCACAGAUCAUUGUCAUGCUGCCAGACAACCAGAGCUUGGCAGAAGAUGAGUUUGUAUACUGGCCAAGUCGAGAAGAAUCCAUGAACUGUGAGGCCUUUACUGUCACCCUUAUCAGCAAAGACAGACUGUGCCUCUCUAAUGAAGAACAAAUUAUCAUUCAUGACUUUAUCCUCGAAGCUACACAGGAUGACUAUGUCCUAGAAGUUCGGCACUUUCAGUGCCCCAAAUGGCCGAACCCGGAUGCUCCCAUUAGCAGUACCUUUGAACUUAUCAAUGUCAUCAAAGAAGAGGCCUUAACACGGGAUGGCCCCACCAUUGUUCAUGAUGAGUAUGGAGCAGUUUCAGCAGGAAUGUUGUGUGCUCUCACCACUUUGUCCCAGCAACUGGAGAACGAAAAUGCUGUGGAUGUUUUCCAGGUUGCAAAAAUGAUCAAUCUCAUGAGACCCGGAGUUUUCACAGACAUUGAACAAUACCAGUUUGUCUAUAAAGCGAUGCUCAGCUUGGUCAGCACUAAAGAAAAUGGAAAUGGUCCCAUGGCAGUGGACAAAAAUGGUGCUGUUCUAAUUGCUGAUGAAUCAGACCCCGCCGAGAGUAUGGAAUCUCUAGUGUGAUUGAAAUCCUGAAAGGGCACGUAAUUUGUAAAACUUCGGAAGACUGAGAACUUUUUUGAGGCCUUUUUUGCCAGACUCUAGGUUAUACAAUAACCCAGUUACUUUUUUACACUGAUAAAAGUUUUGAUAUUUAUUUUUUGCCAUUUUAUGUCUUAAUGGUAUCCUACUGAGCAUUUGCACCUCUGUUCAUUUCACAGUGAAACGCGGUUUUACCUAGUUUGCACUAUAUGAUCAGUGUUACUGCCUAUAAUCUAAUAUUAAAGCAACCCCGAUGUGACAUUCCAUGACAACACACAUGCUAUUUUUAGUUCAGUACAGUGGAAGUCUUUGUUAUGACAGUGAAUAUUGAGUUUAUUAUAAUUAUUAUCAUCAUUUUUAUUAUAUUGCUAAAGCAGUUGCAUUCUACUAGCAGGCAAUGCUGUACUUUUCCUCAGCCCUCUUCUUUACUUUUCUUUUUUUUUUUUAAGGCACUGUUCAAUAAUGUAUGCAUUCUGUAUUUUAACCAAGUAGGUAAGCAUUGUUCUUCUCAAGAAUAGCAGGCUUCUGGGAGUUACUAAGGUCUAUCAAUAUCAUGGCCUUGAAAUCAUUCCAUUUAUGAUGGAAGAUAUAUCUAUUAGGCAAUAGAAGGCUUAAGAGUUGCUUCAUGUAAACAUCACUUAUUAGUUACAAAGUUAUAUUCAUAGCUUUUUAAAAAUGCCCAAUUGUGUCAAAAUAAAGGAUAUCUCUGUGUGACAAUUUUCACAGUA